CCGGCUACAGCUGGCUCGGAAGCUGUCUCGGUUCCUGGUUCCCACCAGAGCCAAGAGUGACACCUGAUCCCGGGGGAUUGUGAAAUGGCAUGAGGUGGCAGGGCGCCCGCGCUGCCCGCUCUGCUUCCUACCCGCCUCCUGCACCCCUCGCUCAGCCCCGCCCCCGGCGCGAGUGGUUAAAUCCCCCCCACCCAGGCUGCAGCUCACACCUGCACCAUGCCUGCCAGUCGCCUCGGCUUGCGGGCCGCAGGCCUUCUUCUAGGACUGCUGCUGCUCACCCACUUGUCAGCCACAGGUGCGGGAGCGGAGAAACCCGGCGUGUGCCCCCAGCUCCAGAACAAUACUGCUUGUGUGAAGGAGUGCUCCUCGGACAACCACUGCCUGGACAACCUCAAGUGCUGCCAGGCGGGGUGCAGCUCUGUCUGUUCCCGGCCUAAAGGACUGAAGGAGGAAGAGCUCCCGGAUACUAUUCUAUCUGCCGACCACCAGGAUACUGUUCUAUCUGCUGACCACCAGGAUACUAUUCUAUCUGCCCACCAUACUCCUUCUUCAGAGGGAGGUCAAGCCUCCACCACACCACCGACUGUGGUCAGGGAAGAAGGUGACCUUGAAAAGCAGGGCGCCUGCCCCAGUGUGGAUUUCCCCAAGCUCGGCAUCUGUGAGGACCAGUGUCAGGUGGACAGCCAGUGUUCUGGCAACAUGAAAUGCUGCCGCAAUGGCUGUGGGAAGAUGACCUGUGCCACACCCAAAUUCUGAGCUUCAGCCACCACCAGUCUGAGGAAUGGGGAGAGGAUGCUUCUGCUGGGACAUGCAUCUGGUGUCAUUCCCGUGGCCCUCCUUCUCUCUGGCCGUUGCGUUUCUUUCUGGACCCAUGAGAGCAUCUCCCUCCUCCAACUAAUAAAGUGAUCACUUAGAGCAAUGGAGAAGCCAUAACACCUGCUCUC